UGACUGCUCGAUCUCGCGGUUUCGAAAAUUUUGCACUGAUCAUGCAUGAAAAUGAGCAACUAUGUGGAACGAAUAGUUAGACUUGGUGGAUUACGACCCUUUUACUUCGAUUUAUUCCCCCAUUUAGCUUCAUGAGCUGUAUUUUUAUUCCCUUGAACCGCCUGGUUUUAUACUUUUUAUUUAGCGUUCUUUUAUCUUCAUAUCUUCGGUUUGCUAACCACCAUAUUUGUGAUGGCUUGGCUCCGUCGGGUUUCUUUGCAUCUAGACUUAUAUAUUCUUACUCAUAUACUUAUUGUGUUAUCUUAUACUCCAGAUGUCUCAGAUAUCUGUCUCAGAUUUGGGGCUCGGCCCGGCAAAGGAAAUCAACUGUACUAUCGAUUCCGUCGGAACAGGGGGUCACGUGCUCAAGCUCCACGGAAGCUACAAAAGCAAACGGAACCCACGGCAGAAACUCAGCUUUCGCGUUGCUUCCCGGCUCCAAUCCAGCUUUCUCUCCUUGCUCUGUACUUAUACUGUACAACAAUCUACAUUCUGCUAUUAUUGAUUCCUUCUGUAAUAUACGGCCCUCGGUUUGACUGAAAAUUUUCUGCCUUCACAGCGUUUCCAGUUCAUUACAGGUGUUUCAGUCUCCUUCCAUCCGAUCGACUCGUGAUCCUUCAAUGUGAGUCUCCUCUGGGACAAUCCAUCGGUGCAUCCCUUUCUACCCUCAAUACGCUGUCUGCCUUACUUUCGGACAUCUGGGAGUUCGGUUUUCGGAAAGGGGACUGUUCUUCCUUGGAGCUGCAUAUUCGGCGAGUUU